UGAUCCAUUACUCGAUCACCAACAACCAAGGCAUGGAGCUCUUUUCCCUCAGAACCAAGCACGUCACAUCCUUCCUCCUCUACCUCUCCAUCUCCUCUCUCCUCCUAUCCAUACCCUCAUUGGCCACCGUACCCUCAGGCACCAUGCAAAGAACCACGAAGCAGCAAAUCCUCGCAACCAUCCCUCCGAACUCCGCCGAAAACAACCAGCCCUUCCUCACCUCCCCUUCCGGCACGUACACUGCCUACCUCCUCCGCCGCGAGACUGCUCCGGCAGCCGGAGGCUUCGGCAACGACUUCUGCUACAUCCAGGUCCAGGAAACCGCCUCCAAAAAGAGUAUGUGGGAGUCGGAGUGCGCUCCGGUGAGCACCGCCAACGCGUGCUCGCUGGUGUUCGACGACGAAGGGCUCGAAGUGUUCGACGGGAGCGAGUCGGUGUGGAACGGAGACGGCAAGGGGGAGAGCUUCCCGGCGAGGUUGGACCUGGUGGACGACGGCGACAUGCGGGUUAUAGACAAGGAGGGAGAGCUGUUCUGGAGGGCGUCGGACGACCCACGGGCGAACCAGGGGUGUGGGUUGGCCGGGUCGCCGGGGCUGGCACCGGAAUCGCCGCCAUUUUCCAAACCGAUCGGCACCAACGGGAAUCUUCCCUUCGGCCAGCAGCAGCAGCAGCCAGAAGGCGCCCCGCAGCCGCAGGAGGAGCAGUCACAGCCGGUCGGAGUCCCGCCACAGGCUGAGGCUGUGGAAGCUCCGCCGCAACAGGAAGAGGAGCAGGAGCAGCAGCCGGUGGGAGCACCGCAGCCUAAUGGAGUGAUCGGGCAGCAGCAGCAGGAGCCACCAGUCGAAGCACCGCAGCCUAAUGGAGUCAUCGGGCAGCAGCAGCAGGAGCCACCAGUCGAAGCACCGCAGCCUAAUGGAGUCAUCGGGCAGCAGCAGCAGGAGCCACCAGUCGGAGCUCCGCAGCCCAAUGGAGUGCUCGGGCAGCAGCAGCAGACGGGAGUGCAGGGGCCGGCGGAAGGCUUGAAUGGAUUGAAUCAGCCCUCGGAUUCGAGUUCGGAUGUGCAGCCGCUGGUGGAUUAUAAUAGGUAUGAUAGUGGGAGUCCGAGGGGAGUGGAGAGCUGGGUUGGGAUGUGUUUGGGUCUUGUGAGUCUCUUAGUUUAUGGGAUUAUCUUCUGAGGGCUGGAGUUGGUGUGGUGAUUCGACGUGUGGAGUUUGUUUACUACUCUUGAUUUGUCUGUCAAUCCAAACUCGUAUUGUUGUAUUUUCUUGUCAUUAAUUAUUGUAUCGAUGUUGCUAUUUCUUUCUGCUACUAAGUAGCAAAUUGUGUUUAAAAAAGUAUCCCGUUA